AUGAAGCUCCCUCUUGUCCUUGCCGCCGCCUCGGCCACUAUGGUGACUGGCGUCGCUGCGGCCGCCAUCGCCGUUCCCCCGUCCAAGGUGCUCCAAGCCCGCUCCACGACCAUUUGUGGCCAGUGGGACUCGGUUGAGACUGGCACCUAUACCAUUUAUCAAGACCUGUGGAACAAAGACAACGGCACCGGAAGCCAGUGUAGCACCGUUGGCUCUGUUAGCGGCUCGACGCUCUCGUGGUCGACAUCGUGGUCCUGGGCUGGCAAUUCUACCCAGGUUAAGUCCUAUGCUAAUGCGGUUGCGAACAUUGCUGUUAAGCAACUAUCGGCCAUUAGCAGCAUUCCUACAACGUGGGACUGGAACUAUUCGGGAUCUGGCAUUGUGGCGGAUGUUUCGUACGACCUGUUUACGUCGUCAACAUCCACCGGCCAUAACGAGUACGAGAUUAUGGUCUGGCUAGCUUCCCUUGGCGGCGCUGGUCCUAUCUCGGCAACUGGCAGUGCCGUAGCUACCCCGACUAUUGGUGGUGUUAAGUGGAAGCUGUAUAGCGGCAAAAAUGGCGCUACCACCGUCUACAGCUUUGUGGCUGUAACUGAGCAAACUCGCUUCUCUGGCGACCUACGCAAGUUCUUUGCCUACCUUAUCUCUAAUCAAGGCAUGCCUAGUAGCCAGUACCUCCUAAGUACCGGCGCUGGCACCGAGCCGUUUGUUGGCUCUAACGCUGUUAUGACCGUCUCUGCCUUUAGCCUUCGCUUGUCUUAA